CACCCUCUGGUGAUCUCUUUUGCCCUGUCUCCGUCUCCCCUUCUCCUCCCUCUUCUUCCUCUUCCUCUUAAUUUCUUCCCCCUCUACUGUAUAAAUUCCUCCAUCACAUUUCUUUUUCCCCCUUUUUUCUUCUCUUUUUCGAGCUACGAACCAAAUCGUGUGCAAAUUCACACCAUGACUGUCAUGACUCCUGCCUCCGUCGAUCAGCAGGAGGACGCGGAAAUGCUCGUGCCACACUCUGAUUUGACUGACAAUCACCAGCCUAUGGAAGUUGUAGCACAACCUGAAACUGCUAAUACUGUGGAGACUCAGCCAGUGGAAGAUCCUUCCUCAUCGAGGUUCACAUGGAGAAUUGAGAACUUUUCUAGGUUGAAUACGAAGAAGCACUAUUCAGAGAUUUUCAUUGUCGGUGGUUAUAAAUGGCGCAUACUGAUUUUUCCAAAGGGAAACAAUGUGGACCAUUUGUCCAUGUAUCUGGAUGUUGCGGACUCAACAAGUUUACCUUAUGGUUGGAGUAGAUAUGCACAGUUUAGCUUGGCUGUAAUUAAUCAAGUUCAUAAUAAAUAUUCUGUCAGAAAAGACACACAACACCAGUUCAAUGCACGAGAAAGUGACUGGGGUUUCACAUCCUUCAUGCCCCUUGGUGAAUUGUAUGAUCCUACCAGAGGUUUUCUAGUGAAUGACACUCUGUUAGUUGAGGCAGAGGUUAUUGUUCGCCGUGUUGUUGAUUACUGGUCAUAUGACUCAAAAAAGGAAACUGGUUUUGUUGGGCUUAAGAACCAGGGAGCAACUUGUUACAUGAACUCUCUCUUGCAGACUCUGUUCCAUAUUCCAUACUUCAGGAAGGCAGUGUACCAUAUGCCGACAACGGAGAAUGACAUGCCAUCUGGAAGCAUCCCUUUGGCUCUGCAGAGUUUAUUUUACAAGCUCCAGUACAGUGAUAGCAGUGUUGCAACAAAAGAGCUGACUAAAUCUUUUGGAUGGGACACAUACGAUUCUUUUAUGCAGCACGAUGUUCAGGAACUUAAUAGGGUUCUUUGUGAAAAACUUGAAGAUAAAAUGAAGAGAACUGUUGUGGAGGGAACCAUACAGCAGUUGUUUGAAGGGCACCAUAUGAAUUAUAUUGAGUGCAUUAAUGUUGAUUACAAAUCUACUAGGAAGGAGUCGUUUUAUGACCUUCAGCUUGAUGUUAAAGGAUGUUGUGAUGUUUAUGCAUCUUUUGAUAAGUAUGUAGAAGUUGAACGUCUUGAGGGUGAUAACAAAUAUCAUGCUGAACAAUUUGGAUUGCAGGAUGCUAAGAAGGGUGUUCUAUUCAUUGACUUCCCACCAGUCCUUCAACUUCAGCUCAAACGAUUUGAAUAUGAUUUUAUGCGAGACACUAUGGUUAAGAUUAAUGACCGCUAUGAAUUCCCUUUGCAACUUGACCUUGACCGAGAGAAUGGAAAAUAUUUAUCACCUGAGGCUGAUAGGAGUGUUCGUAACCUCUACACCCUUCACAGUGUUCUUGUUCACAGUGGUGGGGUGCAUGGUGGACAUUAUUAUGCAUUUAUCAGGCCAACUCUUUCUGAUCAAUGGUAUAAAUUUGAUGAUGAAAGAGUGACAAAGGAAGAUAUGAAAAGGGCAUUAGAGGAGCAGUAUGGUGGUGAAGAAGAGUUACCACAGACAAAUCCUGGAUUCAAUAACACUCCAUUUAAAUUUACUAAAUACUCAAAUGCAUACAUGCUGGUGUAUAUACGUGAAAGUGACAAGGACAAGAUAAUCUGUAAUGUGGAUGAGAAGGAUAUUGCUGAACAUCUUAGGGAGAGGCUGAAGAAAGAACAGGAAGAAAAAGAACACAAAAAGAAGGAGAAGGCGGAAGCACACCUUUAUACCAUUAUAAAGGUUGCUCGAGAUGAAGAUCUUGUGGAGCAGAUUGGAAGGGACAUAUAUUUUGAUCUUGUGGAUCAUGACAAAGUUAGAAGUUUCCGUAUUCAAAAGCAGAUACCUUUCAAUAUUUUUAAGGAAGAGGUUGCUAAAGAAUUUAAAAUACCUGUGCAAUUACAACGUUUUUGGCUGUGGGCUAAGCGUCAAAACCAUACAUAUCGCCCAAACCGGCCACUGACACAUCUCGAGGAAACACAAUCUGUAGGAACACUGAGGGAGGUUUCAAAUAAGGUUCACAAUGCAGAACUCAAGUUGUUCCUGGAAGUAGAGCGACUGGGAUUUCGUCCAAUUGCUCCCCCUGAUAAGACAAAGGAAGAUAUUCUGCUUUUCUUCAAGCAUUAUGAUCCUGAGAAAGAAGAGCUACGUUAUGUUGGAAGGCUUUUUGUGAAAGGUACUGGAAAGCCAAUAGAAAUGUUAUCAAGAUUGAAUGAAAUGGCAGGCUAUGCUCCAAAUGAAGAGAUUGAUCUUUAUGAGGAAAUUAAGUUUGAGCCCACUGUCAUGUGUGAACCUAUUGACAAGAAAUUUACAUUCCGAGCUAGUCAGCUCGAAGAUGGUGACAUUAUUUGCUUUCAGAAGUCCCUUCCUGUUGAAAGUCCUGAAUAUCUCCGCUAUCCAGAUGUGCCUUCAUUUUUGGAAUAUGUGCAUAAUCGACAAGUUGUACACUUUCGAUCUCUGGAAAAACCAAAGGAAGAUGAUUUUUGUCUGGAGAUGUCAAAACUUGAUACUUAUGAUGAUGUCGUUGAAAAAGUAGCUCAGCAACUUGGUUUGGAUGAUCCAUCCAAAAUCAGGCUCACAGCUCACAACUGUUACUCUCAGCAACCCAAGCCUCAGCCUAUUAAGUAUCGAGGAGUGGAAAAUUUAUCUCUUAUGUUGGUUCACUACAAUCAGACGUCUGAUAUUUUAUACUACGAAGUAUUAGACAUCCCUCUUCCAGAAUUGCAGUGUUUGAAAACCCUGAAAGUAGCAUUUCAUCAUGCUACUAAGGAUGAAGUCAUUAUUCAUACUAUUAGACUACCAAAACAGAGCACUGUAGGUGAUGUGCUUAAUGAUCUUAAAACAAAGGUCGAGUUAUCUCAUCCUAAUGCAGAACUCAGGUUGCUUGAGGUUUUUUAUCACAAGAUCUAUAAGAUUUUCCCAUCCAAUGAGAAGAUUGAGAACAUAAAUGAUCAAUACUGGACAUUGCGGGCAGAAGAGAUUCCAGAAGAAGAGAAAAAUCUUGGCCCUAAUGAUCGCCUUAUUCAUGUAUACCACUUUAUCAAAGAGACAGCUCAGAAUCAGCUGCAAAUUCAGAACUUUGGGGAGCCCUUUUUCUUGGUAAUACAUGAAGGUGAGACUUUGGCUGAAAUAAAACUGCGAAUACAGAAGAAACUACAGGUUCCAGAUGAAGAAUUUGCUAAGUGGAAGUUUGCUUUCCUAUCACUUGGACGUCCAGAAUAUCUUCAAGAUUCAGACAUUUUGUCCAGUCGCUUCCAGAGAAGAGAUGUUUAUGGUGCUUGGGAGCAGUAUCUUGGAUUGGAGCACUCUGACAAUGCACCUAAAAGAGCCUAUGCUGCUAAUCAGAACCGCCACACCUUUGAAAAACCAGUUAAAAUCUACAAUUAGGGAACACUCGAGAUCUCCUUCAUUGCAUUGGAUGAACAUUAUAGCUCUCAGUACUCCAAUGCAAAAUGGGGGAGGAAGCCAAAAGCAAAUGUCACAGUAACGCAGCUAAGUAGCGCAUAAAGAUGGCAUCUAUGUAAUUCUUUUGCUAGUUUUGAUGGGGUGGACUUUCCUCCUAGCAAGUUUGAAUAUGUUGAUUAAGCUUUUUAUACUUCCAUCCAGUAGAUGGAAUUUCCUGUUCAGGUAAUAGGUCAGUUAACUAUGUAAGUUUUCACGGUACAUAAACAGCAUUUUGGAGUAGCAAAAAUGUAUACAGGAUAUGUAGAUGCCGCGAAUGUUUGUCAUUUUUGUCCCCCCUGGUUUUGCUUCCUACUGAUUUUGUUGGUGUAGAUGCGAUUAGCAGAAUGGGGGGGUUUUGUAAUGCUUGUUGAUUGCUCUUCUUUUUAACCCUUUUUAAUACAUAUAUCUCUGUUCA